GAAUCAGGAUCUAACCCGGCCUCCGUAGUCGCUUUCUAUAGUGGGCGGGGCCGAAGGAGGGGUGACCCUGCCGGAGCCGCGGCUGCCAGCGACAUGUUCAAGGUAAUUCAGAGAUGUGUGGGGCCAGCCAGCCUGAGCCUGCUCACCUUCAGAGUCUAUGCAGCACCCAAAAAGGACUCACCUCACAAGAGUUACAUGAAGGUUGAUGAGCUUUCACUCUACUCAGUUCCUGAGAAUCAAUCUAAAUAUGUGGAGGAGCCAAGGACUCAACUUGAAGAAAACAUCUCACAACUCCGACAUCAGUGUGAGCCAUAUACAAGUUGGUGUCAGGAAAUAUACUCCCAAACUAGACCCAGGGUGGAACGCUUCUUCCAGUGGGGAUUAGACAGCUAUGAUUAUCUCCAAAGUGCACCUCCUGGAUUUUUCCCAAGACUUGGUGUUAUUGGUUUUGCUGGUUUUAUUGGACUCCUUUUUGCUAGAGGUUCAAAACUAAAGAAGCUGGUGUAUCCUCCUUUUUUCAUGGGAUUAGGUGCCUCUAUCUAUUACCCACAACAAGCCAUUGCCUUUGCCCAGGUCAGCGGGGAGAAGUUAUAUGACUGGGGAUUACGAGGGUACAUUGUUGUAGAAGAUUUGUGGAAGGAACAUUUUCAGAAGCCAGGAAAUGUGAAGAAUUCACCUGGAAAUAAAUAGAAAACUCCAUGCUCUGCCCAUUUUAAUCAGUUAUAGGUAAACAUUGGAAACUCCAGACGGUAAAUCAGUAUUUCUACAGACAAAUGGCAGAGAGUCAGUAUUUGAUAUAGUAAACUGGCUUUCUUCAGGAAAAACAACAUUAAGCCUCUUUGCUAUCUUGGGUGAUGCCAUAUUACAGGCCAACUAAUCUGCAAUCCUUCACAUGGAAAUAAUGUACAAGCCUUAGAACUCCUCAUUCUUAUAUCACUAUUUAUGUACAUAAUUAAAAUCCAGAUUCAAAAAGA